AUGCAGCCACACCCUUCCGUUGUUGAAUUCACCAAACUGCUGCAAGUUAUUUUCAAGAUGAAGCAAUACUCUGUUGCCCUUAAACUGUUCGACGAAAUGCGUCAAUCGGCUGCCCCUCUGAACGAGUACACCAUGAACAUAUUAAUUAAUUGUUGCUGCCUUUUGAAACGCGUAGACGUUGGUUUUGCUGUCUUCGGCAGCUUCCUUAAACACGGUUACGAGCCAAAUGUUACGACAUUCACCACCCUCUUAAAAGGGCUCUUUUUAGAUUGUAAUGUGGCCGAGGCGGAGAAAUUGUUCAAGAAGAUUUUGAGUUUGAAACUCUGUGAGCCAGACGAAGUUACGAUUCUUACUGUGAUAGAUGGACUCUGCAAAGCUGGACGUGUUCUUGCUGCCCAUGAUUUGCUUUGGUUAUUGGAUAAGACUAUCUAUAAACCUGAUGUUAAGGCUUAUAGUGCGGUAAUUGAUGGCUUAUGCAAAGGCGGAAUGGUCGAUAAUGCCCUCCACCUCAAGUCUAGAAUAAUUGACAAGGGCAUUUCACCCGACGUUGUCACCUAUAACUCGAUGAUACGGGGCUUGUGCGAUUUUGGUAGAUUGAAAGAGGUCAAAGACUUACUAAACGAGAUGGUCGAUCACAAGAUAUAUUUCGAUCUUGUUACUUUUAGUAUAUUGGUGGACGCGUUCUGCAAGGAAGGAAGCGUUAAAGAGGCUGAAGAUAUUUUGGGAGUUAUGAAGCAACAAAAUAUUCGUCCCGAUAUUGUCAUUUACACUACACUGAUGGAUGGGUACUGUUUGCAAGGGAAAAUGGAAAAAGCGAAAGAAGUAUUCGAUUCCAUAACGGGCAACGGCCUUAAGCAAUCUAUUAUGAGCUACAACACUUUAAUAAACGGAUAUUGCAAGAAGGGUAAAGUCGAUGAAGCUUGGCGUCUUUUUCUCGAAGCUUCUUCGAAAGGCUUAGAGCCCACGGCGGUUAGCUAUAGCAUCAUGAUACAUGGAUUAUUUAGUGAAGGCAGAAUUGCUGAUGGAUGGAAUUUGUUUAAGGAUAUGGAAGCUCGGCACGUACGACCCGAUUUACAUACUUACAAUGUUUUGUUGGAUAGCUUGUGCAAGACUCGUCAGAUUGCCGAAGCAUUUUCGUUUCUAAAGGCGAUAGAAGGUAAAGGGUUAAAUCCUAAUAUAAUCACGUACGGUACCCUGAUAAACGGUUUGUGCAGAGAUGGGAAACUUGAAGAUGCAAAGAAGCUUUUAAACGAACUUCCGUCCAAAGGUUUGCAACCCGAUUGUCAAAUGUAUACAAUUGUUCUUGGUUCACUUUGUCAUGAAGGAUUCGUAGACGAGGCAAAAGAUUUGCUUGUGAAAAUGGAGAGUGGUGGGUGUGCACCGGAUAGCGUGACGUACAACAACAUAAUCCAGGGUUUGCUAAAGAGGAAAGAGGUUUACGAGGCAAUGCCAUUCUUAGAGGAAAUGCACAAAAGGGGAUUCUCGGCCGAUGCAACCACUUCAUCCAUGUUAAUUGAUCACCUGCAAGUAUAUAACAAAGAUGUUGUUCUUCUGGAAAUGGUUAAGAAAGUUGUACCGAAAAUAUAA